AUGGGCGCGAUGCCUACAUUCAGGCGCACGCUGGCCCAUCGCUGGAUGGCGAUCGGGAUAGUGCUGCUGUGUAUGGUCAUCAGUAGCGUGUGGGCCAAUCCGGACGCCAAGCGGCUGUACGAUGAUCUGCUGAGCAACUACAAUCGGCUGAUAAGACCCGUCAGCAACAACACCGACACGGUGCUGGUUAAGCUGGGCCUGCGGUUAUCGCAACUGAUCGAUCUGAACCUCAAAGAUCAAAUCCUGACGACCAACAUUUGGCUGGAGCAUGAAUGGCAAGAUCACAAAUUCAAAUGGGAUCCCGCUGAGUACGGCGGCGUCACCGAGCUGUACGUGCCUUCCGAACACAUCUGGCUGCCGGAUAUCGUGCUUUAUAACAACGCUGAUGGAGAGUACGUGGUCACGACACUGACAAAGGCCAUCCUUCAUUACACCGGUAAAGUCAUCUGGACACCACCGGCCAUCUUCAAGUCAUCGUGCGAAAUCGACGUUCGUUACUUUCCCUUCGAUCAGCAGACCUGCUUCAUGAAGUUCGGCUCAUGGACGUACGAUGGAAAUCAGAUUGACCUGAAGCAUAAAAAUCAACUGAACAACAGCGACAACAUGGUGAAGAUUGGAAUCGAUUUACGCGAGUACUACCCCAGCGUGGAGUGGGACAUUCUCGGCGUGCCGGCCGAGCGUCACGAGAAGUACUAUCCUUGCUGCGCGGAACCAUACCCAGACAUUUUCUUCAACAUCACAUUACGGCGCAAGACGCUGUUCUACACGGUGAACCUGAUCAUACCGUGUGUCGGCAUCUCGUACCUGUCCGUGCUCGUGUUCUACCUGCCGGCCGAUUCGGGCGAAAAAAUUGCAUUAUGCAUCAGCAUUCUCCUGUCGCAGACCAUGUUCUUCCUCCUGAUAUCGGAAAUCAUCCCGUCGACCUCGCUCGCGCUCCCGCUGCUCGGCAAGUACCUGCUCUUCACGAUGAUACUCGUCGGGCUGAGCGUCGUGAUCACCAUCAUCAUCCUCAACAUACACUACCGGAAGCCGAGCACCCACAAGAUGGCACCCUGGGUGCGGAAGUUCUUCAUACUGCGCCUGCCCAAGCUGCUGCUGAUGCGGGUGCCGAACGAUCUGCUCAAGGAACUCGCGGCGAACAAGAUCAACUACGGCAUCAAGAUUAGCAAGAGCAAGUUCGGUGCCGCCCUAGCCGCACAUUCGCAGAUGCAACCCAACUCGGGCGGUUCCAGUCCGGACUCCAUACGACACAUGCAAGGACGUCCCGGCGGAUGCAACGGACUGCACUCGACGACGGCCACAAACCGCUUCAGCGGGCUCGUCGGUGCCCUCGGUGGUGGAUUGAGCGGGCUCGGCGGCUACAAUGGGCUGCCGUCGGUGAUGUCGGGCCUGGACGAGUCGCUCAGUGACGUGGCCGUACGCAAGAAGUACCCGUUCGAGCUGGAGAAAGCCAUCCACAACGUGAUGUUCAUCCAGCACCACAUGCAGCGGCAGGACGAGUUCAAUGCGGAGGACCAAGAUUGGGGCUUUGUGGCGAUGGUUUUGGAUCGUUUGUUUUUAUGGUUAUUCACGAUAGCGUCGUUAUUCGGCACAUUUGCGAUCCUGUGCGAGGCCCCGUCGCUCUACGAUGACACCAAACCGAUUGACAUCGAGUACUCCAUUAUCGCCCAGAAGCUGUUCAAUCUUACCGUCAAGGAUACGCGCUCCUAAAGCGCGAGAUCCCAGCGCGGUCAGCGGUCGGGUUAGGCCGGUCGAUUGGUUUUAA